GGGAAAUUGUGGACAUCUUUUCGAAUGUACUGAUGGUUAAGCACGCCAAGAUGUGGGAGGGUUCUGAUCAGCAUUUUGCUCUGCUGUCCUAACGUUGAAAAGCCCUUAUGGCAGAAACAACCUUUGACAUCCUCGAGCCGCACCCUGACAUCCAUGGCUUGUUCAUGCAUUUCAAUGAAUUGUACUUUGAAGGCACUCUAGGUGCCGCUUCCGUUCAAUGGAGCAGCAAGCGCAUGACAAGCUGCGCGGGCACUUGCACCUCUACAAAGGAGGGCGGCUGUGUGAUCAGAUUGUCUGAGCCGCUAUUGAAGUAUCGACCAAGCAAGGAUCUCAAAGAGGUCCUGCUGCACGAGAUGAUACACGCCUACAUCGCCCUCAAUAAAGUAAGAGAUUCUGAUCAUGGGCCAAAGUUCUGCAAGCGCAUGCAUGAGAUCAACACCGCCAAUUUUCCCGACUCUCAGAGGCCGCCAGGCGGCUACAACAUCACAACUCACCACAGCAUGAUUGCAGAGGUUCAGAACUAUCAGACGCACCACUGGGAGUGCGACCGCUGCGGUAAUUUUGUCAGAAGGGCGAUGAACAGACCACCCCAGGAGGCAGACUGCACGAGCAGGAUGGGCAAGGGAAGUGAUUGCGUAGAUCCAAGAUGUGCUUUCCACAUGCACAUUCGGUAUUGCGGUGGUUCCUACACCAAGGUGAAAGAGCCGGAGGGGUACGUGGACAAAAGGAAAGGCAAAAAGAAAGGGAAGGGAGAGGAGGCGAAGUUUGCUACUGCGGAUGGGCAACCUCUGCCGGUGAAGCGGCCUAGGAGCACGCCCAACCAAGGUUCUGUGCAGAUCACGGACUUCUUUGAGCGCAUCAUCCCGCCAGCAGGAUCCGCAGAAGAGGGCACAGAGCAGCGCGCAGAUGGCACCCCAUCCCGCGCAAAAGCGGUGCUGGGGCGGGGUGAGACGCCAGAGCAGCGGAGGCGGCUGCUCGCAGAUGCGGCGCUGCGGCGGCUGCAGGGCAGUGCGGAGGCCGUGGAGGCAGACGCCAAACCAAGCUUCUCUGCAGGGCACUCAGAGAGCAGGACUGCCCCAAGAAAGCAGGAAAUUUCCAGCGACACGACUGCCCUGCUCAGCAGCAGCAGGAGCAGCAGCGGCAUCAGAGACCACAGCCAGCGCAAUGGUACAGAGGACAAGGCGGGUGUCUCCGCGGAGCCGGACUGUGUGAUCAUUGACAAGGAGGGCCCAAGCACCAAGAUUCAAGAGAGCAGCGUGGCAGGCGGCGUUGGCAGCACACCCAGCAUCGGCGAGUGGGUGGACCUCGUGGAGGCAGAUGAGAGCGAUGCUGCGGCUGGCAAUGCACAGCAGCAGAAGACGGUUGUGUGCCCCUGCUGCGGCACGCGAUGGGCGGCACUGGCCGUCUCAGAUGCUGAGCUCAAUGCGCAUGUGGAUGCCUGCCUGGCGGGCCAAAUCGGAUGACCAGCUGUGCUGCAGCUAAAGCAGUUCUCGCAAUUUUGGGGGGCCGUCUACGUAUUCUUUUGUGUGCUUGGAAAUGUACAAAUAGGCCAUGCAAGUCAGCGUGCCAAUUGUUUCUGUUCAAGGGAUUGAGAAUCUGAUGAAGAAGUAGAUUUGAAAUAGAACCAGCUAUAGAAUAUCCAGGAGAACAGACAAGCAUGCACACAGAGCACUGUGAGGUGUCCAGAACUUUCUGCCGUGCGGAUCUGGCCAUCUCGCUGCUUUCAUGUCCCUCAAAGUUACAACUCUAUCUGCUGAUGUUCAGUCACGUGCGGAUGGAGCUGUGUGGCCGGGUAACUUAUGUAAUCAAAGAAGUCCAG